AAAUAAAUCAUAUUUAUUCAACGAUAACUUCAAAAAUAUGAAGGAAUUGUUUCUCGUUUCUUAUAUAUAGAAGCCCCUUGGAGAAGAAAAAGUUCUCUAACAUUCUAAAUUCUUUUUUUUUCAAUAUAUAUCAUUUCUCUUAACUCUUUUAAAAUACUAAAAAUAGUUAAGAACUUAUGAUUUAUGAUGAUAAAUAAUCAAGUCCACUCCACAUCUAUCUAUUUAUAUUACCUGGUAAUUAUGUGACGCGAUAAUUGUGAAAGUAGACAAAGCAAGAAGAAGCUACUUUGAAAAACAUCCUGAUGCUAAUUGAAGAAUGAGAAACAUAUCAGUCUAUCUCCGAAGACUUUUCUCCUCCAGAGACUGUUCAAUAUAACACCACUUGUGACUUGUCUACAUUAUUAUAUUAAAGGUUUUCACACCUACAAUUUCAUGCUGACUAUAAAACAUCUGAAACCUCCCAAAAAGUCAUCAGGAUCAUCAUCAACUCCGUGAAAGAGGACGAGAUAGACAUGGCCGGAGCUUACGGUUCAGACUUACCAAAGGUUCCUGAAUGGCUCAACAAAGGAGACAACGCGUGGCAGCUCACGGCGGCUACUCUUGUCGGUCUACAGAGCAUGCCAGGUCUGGUCAUCCUCUACGCCUCCAUCGUCAAGAAGAAAUGGGCCGUGAACUCCGCUUUCAUGGCUCUCUACGCCUUCGCAGCCGUCCUCCUCUGUUGGGUCCUCCUCUGUUACAAAAUGGCUUUCGGAGAUGAGCUUUUGCCUUUCUGGGGUAGAGGUGGUCCCGCCUUCGACCAAGGAUACCUCAAAGACAGAGCCACGAUCCCAUCAACGGUCAAGAAGUUUGGGAACGGGACGAUAGAGAGAGAAGCGGUGACGCCGUUGUUUCCGAUGGCGACUUUGGUGUAUUUUCAGUUCACUUUUGCGGCGAUAACGACGAUACUUGUGGCCGGGUCGGUGUUGGGGAGGAUGAAUAUUAAAGCGUGGAUGGCUUUUGUGCCGUUGUGGCUGAUCUUUAGCUACACCGUCGGAGCUUAUAGUAUAUGGGGCGGAGGGUUUCUUUACCAUUGGGGAGUUAUUGAUUACUCCGGUGGUUAUGUGAUUCAUCUCUCCUCUGGUGUGGCCGGCUUCGUCGCCGCGUAUUGGGUGGGACCUAGGCCUCAAGCUGACAGAGAAAGAUUUCCACCGAACAAUGUUCUUUUAAUGCUUGCCGGAGCUGGGCUACUAUGGAUGGGAUGGUCCGGUUUUAACGGCGGAGCUCCAUACGCGGCCAACUUAACCUCCUCAAUCGCGGUGCUCAACACCAACCUCUCCGCUGCCACAAGCCUCCUAGUAUGGACCACACUCGAUGUUAUCUUCUUUGGCAAACCGUCUGUCAUAGGAGCCAUUCAAGGCAUGGUCACUGGUCUCGCCGGCGUUACUCCCGGAGCAGGGUUGAUCCAAACAUGGGCAGCUAUAAUAAUUGGAAUAUUCUCAGGAUCAGUUCCAUGGGCCUCUAUGAUGAUCCUUCACAAGAAAUCCAGUCUCCUCCAACAGGUGGAUGAUACAUUAGCGGUAUUCUACACACACGCAGUAGCCGGGAUACUAGGUGGAACAAUGACCGGCUUAUUUGCACAUCCUGAUCUCUGCAAGUUGUCACUUCCUAACCCAACCAAUGGAGCUUUCUACGGCGGCAAUGGGGGCAAACAGCUUUUGAAACAGUGGGCCGGAGCUGUCUUCAUUGCUGUAUGGAAUCUGGUGUCGACGACUCUCAUACUUCUUGUUAUCAAGAUGUUUAUACCAUUGAGAAUGGCUGAGGAAGAGCUUGGGAUUGGAGAUGAUGCUGCUCAUGGAGAAGAAGCUUAUGCUCUUUGGGGAGAUGGAGAGAAGUUCGAUGCCACAAGGCAUGCCACACAGAUGCAACAGUUUGAGAGAGAUCAAGAAGCUGCUCAUCCUUCUUAUGUUCAUGGUGCUAGAGGUGUUACCAUUGUUUUAUAAAAAACCUCUUUUUGUGCUUUCAUUUAAUUUUUGUCUCUCUUUUUCUUUUGGUGUUGUAGUGACCAGGGGAGGUCCCAGUGUAUUUGAGGGUGUGGCAUGUGCCCCACCCUAAUUUUUUUUGUUCAUUGACAUCUAGUGUUAAAUUUAGUUAAGUACACUUACAUAUUAA